UAGAAGUACAUACAGUGAGGGAAUUGCAUGCGCUUCUUUGUAGGGUUAAUAUUGAGGACUCUACAUUCACCGUUGAGUCCUUUUUUGUUCCCUAUUAAUCUGUAACUUCUACUUCUUUUUUACACUUUCGGUUCCCUCCACAAACUAAAACAGAAAAAAGAAAUCUUUCUUUAUCAUAAAACACUUCACGAAAACACAGUUGAAAACGAAAACAAAAACAUCUAUUUGAUAAGUAAGAAAUAAAAGCGAUGACUCACGUUAAUGAAAAAGAAAUUGAUGAUAGAACGGAGGAGCAGAAAGCAAUAGAUGCAUGGCUUCCCAUCACAUCCGAUCGAAAUGCGAAAUGGUGGUAUUCUACUUUUCAUAAUGUCACUGCCAUGGUUGGCGCUGGUAUCCUUAGUCUCCCGUAUGCUAUGUCCGAGAUGGGAUGGGGGGCUGGGAUAGUAGUAAUGUUGAUGUCGUGGGCUAUAACAUUUUAUACAAUAUGGCAAAUGGUAGAGCUGCAUGAAAUGGUACCAGGCAAGAGAUUUGAUAGGUACCAUGAGCUAGGUCAACAUGCAUUUGGUGAAAAACUUGGUCUUUGGAUAGUUGUACCCCAACAAAUAGUAGUGUACGUGUGUUCUUGCAUAAUAUACAUGGUUACAGGUGGCAAGUCAUUGAAGAAAUUCCAUGAAACAGUUUGCCCUGAUUGUCAACCAAUAAAACUCACCUAUUUCAUCAUCAUCUUCUCGUCUGUUCACUUUGUUCUUUCUCACUUACCCAAUUUUAACUCUAUAUCAUUUGUGUCCUUGGCUGCUGCCGUCAUGUCAUUGACAUAUUCGACUGUCGCUUGGGCAGCAUCUGUAGGGAGAGGGAUUGAAGGUAGGGUAGUGAGCUAUGAACUUAGGGGUGAAAAGACAAGUGACAAUGUGUUCAUGUUCUUGAGUGCUCUUGGAGAAGUGGCUUUUGCCUAUGCUGGCCAUAAUGUAGUUCUUGAGAUUCAAGCCACUAUUCCUUCAACACCAGAAAAACCUUCUACAGGUCCUAUGUGGAAAGGUGUAUGGGUAGCUUAUCUCAUUGUCGCUGUUUGUUACCUCCCGGUGGCUUUCAUUGGUUAUUGGGCCUUUGGUAAUCACGUCGAGGAUAACAUCCUGCUUUCGCUGGAAAAACCGAUGUGGCUUGUUGCUGCUGCUAACAUGUUUGUUGUCGUUCAUGUCAUUGGAAGUUAUCAGGUUUUUGCAAUGGCAAUGUUUGACAUGAUAGAGACAUAUGCAGUGAAAACUGUCAAACUUAAACCUUCCACUUUUCUUCGCUUCACAGUGCGUACAAUAUAUGUAGCACUGACGUUGUUCGUGGGAAUGUCCAUACCAUUCUUUGGUGGGCUAAUGGGAUUCUUUGGUGGAUUUGCUCUGGCGCCAACAUCGUAUUACCUUCCUUGCAUCAUUUGGCUUAUCAUUGUAAAGCCGAAAAGGUUUGGUUUCUCUUGGUGGAUGAAUUGGUUCUGCAUCAUAAUUGGGAUAUUGCUGACUGUUUUAUCUCCCAUAGGAGGGAUGUGGACACUUGUCAAACAAGCCAAGGAUUAUCGUUUUUAUCAGUGAUUCACAAAUUCUUUCAGAAAAUCAACGACUGUAAAAAGUUGUCUUUUUGCCCUUUUACUAUUUGUUUUUUUUUACAUUUAUUUUUGAGAACAAUUAAUUGGAACAAAAGGAAUAUGUUGUUAUAGAUGCGUAGCUGCCUUUGUGAAUAAUACUUGGAAAUAAAAUAUCUUAAUUUAGAAGUACUA